CUACUAGAUACUGUACAGUACCUCUCUAUCUCAUCUUUCUCGGCCAAUGUCUCACACGUUGUACAAGUUUAUGAUUCUCUUGUUCUCUCCAUUCUGUUCUUCAGUCUUGACCAAGUCUCCCCAAGCGUACUGAGAACCCCUGCCCCGCGUCUGAUUUGAUUGUCUUUACCGCAACUUCUACUCCGUACUCCAACGCUUCCUAUCUCCCUUUUGUAGGGACACACAGCCACCAUGGCAGCCAUGUCGUAUUCCGCCGACCCUACCCUAUACCUCUAUACCUCCCUUACAGCCGGAAGUUCCCAUAUCAUCACCGCAACCUCAAGACUGGAGACAAUCCUCAAGGCCAACAAGAUUCCCUUUAGAGCGCUAGACUGCGCAACAGACGAAAAGGCUCGUAUGCUAUGGGGUAGGAGAUCAAAAGGCCGCAAACUCCCCGGACUCGUCAAGUUCGGUACGAUCGUUGGUGACCUCGAGCAGAUCGAAGAAUGGAACGAAUACGGCGAGCUCCAGGACCAAGUCGCCGGUUUCUCAGAAUUCGGUGGCCCGGCACCCACCGCCGCCCCUGUCCCUACCCCUGCUCCUCCCACACUCGCUCCAGAACCAACGACCAAGAGUGCGGCUUCAUCUGGACCCCCUUCACGCGCCUCCUCAGAGACACGUCACAUCUCGAUCGCGGAACCCAAAGCCAAAGACUCCACAGCUGCAGAAGGCGGGACCACAAAGCCAGGCGAGACACCUUUGAACAUAGCCAUGCGACAACUUGGUGCAGAGGCAGCUGCUAAAGCAGGCCAAAAGAAAGCCGCGGCACUACAAGCGGCCAAAGCACCCACCAAGAUGCCAGACACGACAGAGCAGAUCCCCGUGCCUGCCGCGACGAAACUGAGCGUAGACGCAGCCGCUGAGUCCCCAGAGACCGUGUCCGAAGUCACCGCCGCAAAGACACCGGCACAGCUCGCAGCAGAAGGUGCCAAGAGAACAUCCGUGGACAAGAUCGCCGAGUCCGAGGGGGCCACAACAAGCACCAGCAGCAGCGACAGCGAAGGACAGUCGACGGAAGCCCAGAUUGUCGAGCAGAGACGGCAAAGCAGUAUCACCAAGUUGAAGUCGCGACUGAGUGAAUCGACACCCGCAGACCAAAGUGAGACUGUCCUUGUGGAUUCGUCCCCGACGCCCAAGUCAGAGACAGCCGUUCCAAAGUCGGAAGUCAGCACCGACCCACCACCGGUGGACAUGCCCAAACAACAUCGUGGGAGUGACAUAGGGGAAGCGAGUGUCGAAGAGAUUAAAGAGAUAGAGAAGAAGAUGAGCAUCCCUGAAACUACCGAGGAGAGUGAUACAUCUACAAACCCACCAGCGCCGGCAGAAGAACAAGAAGCAGCAGGAACAGAAGCAACGUCAACUUCUACAGAUGAAGAUAAAGAGAAGGUCGUGACGAGUACAGAUGAAACAGAGGAGCAAGUUACAAAAGGAACGGACCCUCAAGACUCGAGCGCCAAAGACGCAGACAAGGCUGGUGUCAGUGUGGGUGAAUAAGAGUAUUUUGUAUCGCUUGGGUGUGCUCCUACCGGUCAGUAGUCGUACUCGUCACCCUUUACUAGCAUUCUACGUGGACACGGAAUAAUUAUAUCGAUGUGAUGGGCCCCUUUCUUUGGCGUGUGUAGUAGAGCAAUUGAGCAGACGAGGACCUUGGGUACUCUAUAUUAAAUCAGCAUCGGUUGUUUUUGUCUCUAUACUUUCAUUACCCCAUACUUGGUGCUCUGACCUGGCAUCUCUUUACAGUAUAUCAAUCACAUGAUUUUUGAGUAAUUGUGUAAUAUUGAUAGAUAUGGACGGG